AAUAUUCAUCCUUAAAAUAAAUAAAAAUGAGAAAGCGCAGGGGCUAUGCUCUAAUAACAAAAUACCACUCCACAAAUCUGACAGCCUGAUUGUCUAAAUCUGAAGCUACCAAAUCAAAACGAACUGAGAUCUUGGCUAUCAAACAUCUAGCAAAAAGAGCCUUACCAAGAAAUAUUCCUUUAAUCCUUUCUCCUAUUGAUCUAAGAGCAAGCAGGCCCGGGGCUGAGAUGUGGGAAUCAAUUUGCCUAACGGUCGCCGCCACGGCCGGUAACAAUAUCGGCAAAGUUCUGCAGAAGAAGGGCACCCUCAUUCUGCCUCCAUUAUCUUUCAAGCUCAAGGUGAUUAAAGCUUAUGCUUUCAACAAGGCAUGGAUUUUUGGUUUACUUAUGGAUUUGUUUGGAGCAGUCUUGAUGUUGCGAGCACUAUCUCUAGCCCCAGUAUCGGUCAUUCAACCAGUUUCUGGCUGUGGACUUGCUAUACUUUCAGUCUUUUCCCAUUUUUAUCUAAAGGAGAUCAUGAAUGCUAUUGAUUGGAUUGGAAUUACCUUGGCGGGCAUUGGUACCAUAGCUGUUGGUGCUGGAGGGGAGGAGCAGCAGGCCUCUGCUAUCUCAAUUUUUCACCUACCAUGGCUGGCAUGUGCUGUUGCAAUCUUGUUUGUACUCCUUAAUGGAUGGCUUCGCAUUUAUAGACGCCAGCGAAGAGAACAAGAGCUGAUGCAAUAUGAAGUUAUUGAGGAAAUUAUUUAUGGACUGGAAUCUGGAAUUUUGUUUGGGAUUUCAUCCGUGAUAUCAAAGAUGGGAUUUUUAUUCUUGGAGCAGGGAUUUUCCAAGUUGUUGUUGCCCGUUUGUAUUUCAAUAAGCAUUUGUUGUAGUGCUUCUGGUUUUGUAUGUCAGACACGUGGCUUGAAGCAUGGAAGGGCAAUCGUAGUGUCCACAUGUGCGGCUGUUGCAUCUAUUGUAACUGGUGUCUUUGCUGGUAUGUUUGCUUUGGGUGAGCGGUUGCCUUCAGCACCAACAUCUCGUCUCUGGCUCUUGCUUGGAUGGAUGUGCAUCAUUCUUGGUGUGAUUCUGCUGGUAGCUUCAACACGGCUGGUGCGGAGCCUUCCACGGUCUUGGCUACGUGUUCUAAGAAGUGGGGUUGACAAAAACAUAGGUCUUAGGCAAUCUGUGCCUACACGGAGUAGAGAUACUAGUCCUAGCACUGUUAUCCAGGCGUCAACUUUACAUCAUUUGAUAGCAACUCCCUCUAAAGCUAAGGCUUGAACUGUGUCAUUACAAUUAAUAUAAAACGAUAUUCAAAAGGUUGGACUUGUAAAUGCAAAUUGAGGUCUGUUGUUAGUAAUCACAUUGUAUCUGGUAUGUACAGUACAGUGGUCAGCCUAGUGCAGGUUGUUUGAGUCUGAGGAUUCAUUCCAUUUA